UUCUUCUUUCCCUCUUAAUGCCUCUCUUAACAUUAAACACCUCUCUCUCUUUCUCUCCUCCUUCUCCUUCCUCACAUUAUAAUUUCUUCCCAAGUCAAUAUUAACAUUUAUCUAAUCAAAACGGAAGAAACUAUAUGCGAAGAAGAUGGUGAAGUUCUCCAAGGAGCUAGAGGCACAACUCAUACCAGAGUGGAAAGAGGCCUUUGUUAACUAUUGUUUACUAAAGAAACAAAUCAAGAAAAUCAAAAUCUCUCGUAAACCAAAACCGGCUUCUCAUUACCCCAUUGCUCAUCACUCCGAUUUUGGUCGAUCAAUUUUGGACCCGGUUCGUAAAUUGGCCCGGACGUUAUCGGAUAAACUUUUUUCCAACUCAGAAAAACCAGAGAUCCUCCAGGUAAGGAGAAGACGAAAUAGCUCAGAAACUGGAGAUGAUGUUGAGGAGAUUUACCAAACUGAACUUGUUCAGCUGUUCUCUGAAGAAGACGAGGUUAAAGUGUUUUUCGCAAGACUAGAUGAAGAACUAAACAAAGUGAAUCAGUUCCACAAGGCCAAAGAAACAGAGUUUUUGGGAAGAGGAGAGAUUCUCAAGAAACAGUUGGAGAUUCUUGCAGAACUCAAACAGAUCUUAAGUGAUCGGAAGAAGAGAAACUUGUCUGGAUCACAUCGCUCCUUCUCAUCUUCUGCUCGAAACUCUGAUUUCUCAGCAGGGUCUCCUGGAGAACUAAGUGAGACACAAAGUGAAGCGUCAAGAACUGAUGAAAUAAUAGAUGCACUUGAGAGGAACGGUGUGAGUUUCAUAAACUCUGCAACGAGGAGCAAAACAAAAGGAGGCAAACCAAAAAUGUCUCUUCGAGUCGACAUCCCCGACGCCGUGGCUGGAGCCGAAGGUGGCGGUGCAAGAUCCAUAGCCACUGCCACUUCUGUCCUGUGGGAAGAGCUCGUCAACAACCCAAGAAGCGGCGGAGGAGAUUUCAUCAACCGGAAAAAGAUUCAAUGCGCCGAGAAGAUGAUACGAAGUGCCUUUGUUGAGCUCUACAGAGGUCUUGGCUUGUUAAAGACUUACAGCUCGUUGAAUAUGAUAGCUUUUACAAAAAUAAUGAAGAAAUUUGAUAAGGUUUCUGGUCAGCAAGCAUCAUCAACUUAUCUCAAAGUCGUAAAGAGAUCGCAAUUUAUCAGCUCUGAUAAGGUGGUAAGACUGAUGGACGAAGUGGAGUCCGUAUUCACAAAGCACUUCGCCAACAAUGACAGGAAAAAGGCCAUGAAAUUCUUGAAACCCCACCAGACUAAAGAUUCUCACAUGGUCACUUUCUUUGUUGGAUUGUUUACGGGUUGCUUCAUCUCAUUGUUUAGUAUUUACAUAAUACUUGCACAUCUUUCUGGAAUCUUCACCUCUGGUGCCCAAGUCUCUUAUAUGGAGACUGUCUAUCCUGUUUUCAGUGUUUUUGCGUUGCUGAGUCUACACAUGUUCAUGUACGGAUGCAAUCUGUUCAUGUGGAAGAAUACGAGGAUAAACUAUACGUUCAUCUUCGAGUUUGCACCAAACACAGCGUUGCGUUACCGGGACGCGUUUCUGAUGGGAACCACAUUCAUGACCUCGGUCGUGGCCGCUAUGGUCAUCCACCUCAUACUCCGCGCCGCCGGUUUCUCAGCCAGUCAAGUUGAUACCAUCCCUGGCAUACUUCUCCUGAUCUUCAUUUGUGUCUUGAUUUGCCCUUUUGACACAUUUUAUCGUCCAACAAGAUUCUGCUUCAUUCGCAUCUUGCGGAACAUUGUUUGCUCACCUUUCUACAAGGUUUUGAUGGUUGAUUUCUUCAUGGCCGAUCAACUUACUAGCCAGAUUCCAUUGCUGAGACAUCUUGAGUCAACUGGGUGCUACUUCAUGGCUCAAAGCUUCAAAACACACGAAUACAAUACCUGCAAAAACGGAAGAAUCUACAGAGAACUUGCUUACUUAAUUUCUUUCUCACCUUACUUCUGGCGUGCCAUGCAAUGUAUAAGGAGAUGGUGGGACGAAUCAAACAGUGAUCAUCUAAUAAACAUGGGAAAAUACGUGUCAGCGAUGGUUGCAGCCGGAGUUCGCAUAACCUACGCGAGAGAAAGCACAACCUUGUGGUUAACCAUGGUGCUUGCGAGCUCUGUUGUGGCCACCAUUUAUCAGUUAUACUGGGACUUUGUCAAGGAUUGGGGUCUUCUAAACCCUAAAUCCAAAAAUCCAUGGCUAAGGGACAAUUUGGUUCUCCGGAACAAGAACUUCUACUACCUCUCCAUUGCGUUGAAUUUGGUGUUGCGAGUUGCUUGGAUCGAGACUAUAAUGAGAUUCAGGGUCAGCCCUGUCCAGUCUCAUUUGCUAGAUUUCUUAUUGGCUUCCCUUGAAGUCAUUCGUCGAGGACACUGGAACUUUUACAGAGUGGAGAAUGAGCAUUUGAACAAUGUUGGCCAGUUUAGGGCAGUGAAGACCGUACCAUUACCGUUCCGUGACAUGGACUCAGACGGUUAAACAAAGAUAAGGGUUUUAUACUUUGGAGGGUUUAAGUCUUGAACCAAGUUCCAAGGAUAUGAAGGAAGCAUUUCGGAUUUUGCAUCGAUGUAACCAUAUCGAGGAAUAACCUUUGGGAAACUCUCGAAAUUGCCUAACCAAUUUAUCCUUUAAAAUAUGAAACAUGGGGCUAAUGAAUUCUAGAACUGUUAAACCCUCCAAAGUGUAAAACGAACAUCACAAUUUAACUUCCUAGUUUAUAUAUUGAUUUCUGUAAAUUUU